AUGUCUAGCGGCCAAGUUCCCUCAACGCGUUUGCCUGCGGCAUACUCAGAUUUGCCAUAUCAGGAAAUCAAGAUAUCUCAUCAUCCUGCUUCCUCUACUGAGCCCACCCCAGUUUUGAUAUGCACUUUAUACCGCCCCAAGCAGAACAACGCCUUCACCGACGUGAUGACGGAUGAGAUGGAGCAUUUCUUCGGUCUUGCCAGCAUCGACGACAGAGUAAAGACUAUUGUGGUCACGGGAGAGGGCAGAAUGUUCUGUGCAGGCCAAGAUCUGAACCAAGGCUUCAAACUGGUGGGCGAUGGCAAAAAUGAGAACGAGAAGAACCAUCGUGAUGGUGGUGGAAGGGCAAGUCUUGCCAUUCACAACUGCACCAAACCAACCAUCGGUGCCAUCAAUGGCCAUGCCGUUGGCGUUGGUAUCACAAUGACAUUGCCAAUGACCAUGCGAUACGUCUGGUCGAAAGCCAAGAUUGGUUUCGUCUUUUCCCAGCGUGGACUCAUUGCAGAGGCUUGUUCAAGUUACUUUUUGCCGAGAUUGGUGGGCCACAGCCGAGCGUUACAGCUUGCAAUUACUGGAAAUAUCCUUCCUGCAAACUCAAAGGCGUUCGAUGGGUUAUUCUCAGACCUUUGUGACAAGCAAGAGGACGUUCUGCCUAUGGCCUUGAAGGCCGCUGAGCAGAUUGCCUCUCAGACUAGCCCGGUCAGCACAUGGAUGAUCCGGGAGAUGUUCUACAGAGGUCCCAAUAGUGCCGAGGAGGCACAUUUGCUGGAGAGUCGAGUCAUGGCAGCGAUGAGGCUUGGUUCGGACAACGAGGAAGCCGUCAAGUCAUUCUUGGAGAAGCGUCCGGCCACAUUCAAAAAUACUGUGCAGAAAGAUACACCGGCAGUCUAUCCUUGGUUCACGCCUGUGAAUGUGAAGAACGGACAGUGGUCUGAUCCGGCGAGCAUCAAAUCUAAGCUCUAA